GAACGAAGCUAUCAACAGAGCUGACAGCUCACGGUUAAAGUGGGAGCGCGCUUGCUUGCAGUGUAGACAGACUGUUACGCCCUCUUAAACAUUGUCAUAGCCACAUUUACUUCGGUAAACUUCCUCAAAUAUGCCGUUAAGCCAUUAACUUCCUCUCUGAGGGGUGAACACACUCACAUCCUACAGACUUCAACAAUUACUUCUACAGCAGCGGGAUUACGGUCCUCAAGAGCAUCUGAUAUGUUUGACUGCUGAAGUCGAGUGGUCACCUUUCUAUCAUGCAGAGCAUCAAGUGUGUGGUGGUGGGGGACGGAGCAGUGGGAAAAACCUGCCUGCUCAUCUCGUACACGACCGGCGCGUUCCCCAAAGAGUACAUUCCCACCGUGUUCGACAACUACAGCUCCCAAGUCACCGUGGACGGCCGCACCAUCAGCCUCAACCUGUGGGACACGGCAGGCCAGGAGGAGUACGACCGCCUUCGCACACUGUCCUACCCACAGACCAACGUCUUCAUCAUCUGCUUCUCCAUCUCCAGCCCACCAUCCUAUGAGAACGUCAAGCACAAGUGGCACCCAGAGGUGACGCACCACUGUCCCAGCGUGCCCAUCCUGCUGGUGGGGACCAAGAGCGAUCUUCGCAGCGACGCGGAUGUGCUGAAGAAGCUAAAGGAGCAGAACCAGGCGCCCAUCACGCACCAGCAGGGCCAGGCUCUGGCUCGCCAAAUCCACGCCGUCAAGUACCUGGAGUGUUCGGCACUCAGCCAAGACGGCAUCAAGGACGUGUUUGCAGACGCAGUGCGUGCCUUCCUCAGUCCUCAACCUGUGGCUCCAAAGAAGCCCUGUGUACUCCUCUGAAAA